GAAAAACUAUUUUUUUUUGACAAUCUUUAUGAUCGGAAGAAAUAGAACACAAGUCACACAGAGAUAUAUGUUUUUCUUUCUUUUCUUUUUUAUAUGGGUUCCAAGUCAAGACGUUCGGUUUCUCCUGAUAGGAAGAAAAGAAAAAGACACAGUAGGUCACCUUUAGGGCAUAGAAGAAGACAUGAAGGUCGCGAUAAACAUGAUAGUCACUCGGAUAGACGAUAUGCUUCAUCUGAUUCUAGCUCAGACCAUCAUAAAAGAAGACACAAAAAACAUAAAAAGAUAAGAAGCACAAGACAUCAAAAAAAACACAAGCCUACAUUAUCUGCUGUGGGUGAUCAAUGGGGGAAAUAUGGUAUUAUUCAUGAAGCAGAAAGCUCUUGGUUAAUUGAAGUCAAGACAGCCAAUGUAGAGACACUCAGUAACAGUAAGCGUAAAGACAUGUUUAUUGAUUUUAUGGAGGAUUACAAUACAGCUACUAUGCCUCAUGAAAAAUUCUAUAACCUUCAUGCUUGGGAGAGACGUCAAGAAGCAUUAAGAAUGGGUGAAAGUAUUACCAUGACAAGUGAAGAAUUCGACUUUAAAAAAGAUGAAGAACAAUUAAGACUACAACAUCGUCAAGCAGCUCGAGCAAAAUCAUCACGUCAACCUGCUUUACAAUUAACAAAAGAAAAGAUUGAAGAAUUGGCUCGAGUCAAUCGAGAACGCAUUGAAGCUGAUCGUAUGCGUAAGAUGGGUUUGACGCCUAAAGAAGGCAUGGGUGUCUUGUAUGAAUAUGAAGAAAUCUAGGGCAAUAAAAUAUACACAAUGAUUGGCUCAAAAGUAAUGCUUCCUUUGAUCUCAG